UCCCUACCCUCCAGCAUAUCUACCACUCCAUCCCAUCCUCAAUGCCCUCUCCCACCCCCUCUCUGCUGCCCACUCCCAUCCCCGUCCCCUGCCGCCUCCAUUCCCAUGGGAAGUGGUGGCUCCGGUGCCAAGGUGCCGUUUCCAGGCCAGACCAUGUGUCAUUGUCAUGGCACAGUCCCAUUCCCUCUUUCUCUUGCUCUGCAGAUGGAGGAGAUGACACCACCACCCGCACCUGAGGCACCAUCCCCGCUGAAGUCCUACAAAUGGCGGAUGGGCCCCCAGGGUGGGGAGAGGGUGCCGGAGCCGGAGCAGCGCCCCAUGCCCCCUGCCAGCAGCCGCUGGGCCAAACUGCAGAACUGGAAGCGCGCUCAUAGCCAGCCUGAGACUGAUGCCCCCGAAGUGCGCAUGGCCAGGAGCAGCCCAGGCACCGAGCCCCCAGAGCCUGUGGGGAGCAAAGCAGCCGCCCGGAGGUCUGUGUUCCAGAGGGCGUUUUCUGCCCCGAGCAAGGUGCCCAAGGAGCCCAAGGGCCAAGAGGGCAUUAAGCUGAACCUGCGAAAAUACCUGCGUUCCAAGUCCCACCGCAGGAGCCAGGAGAGUGGGCCCAAGGCAGAGCAGGCAUCUCAGGAGGCAGCCAAAGAUGGCGUGCGCCCCGUGCAGCGGAUUCCGCUGGCCCCGUCCCCCGAGGUCCCUGUCUGGGAUGUCUCGAACUUCUCCCUGGUGGCUGGACAGCUGGUGCUGAUGGCCAGGGACGAGGAGGUUUUGUACAAGAGCCGGAACAGAACUGGCAGCUCCAUUUCGGAGACCAACGCUCAUCCGUCCCUGGGCUGCAGGAGGGACACCGGUCUCUCCUCCGNGGGGAAGAGCUCGCCCAGCCCCCGGGCCCCGGGAAGAGGCCCUGAGAACGACGUGUCAACCAGCUCCCAGUUCAGUAACGUGAAGGGGCUGAUAUGGAAGAGGCUAAGAGAACGGAAGGGCCGGACUGCAUCCAAGCCCGACUCCACAACAGCGCCCCUUACGGACGGCGACAGGCUGCCGAGCCGGCAUGGCUCCCGUGAGUCCCUGCUGCCUGCACCAAGUGCAGCUGAGCUGGAUCUGAGUGGCGAGGACGUAGUGAUCCGCCCGCUGCACAGCAGCAUUCUGGGAGAGAAGUUCUGCUUCUAGAUAAUCAAUGCUGAGGGGAGCCGCUGUUUUGGCUGCACAUCGGUGGCUGAGCGGGACCGGUGGAUUGAGAACUUACGCAGAACCGUGCAGCCCAACAAGGACAACUGCGAGCGUGUGGAGAACACCCUUAGCCUCUGGGUGUACGAGGCCCGAGACCUGCCCCCCAAGAAGCGCUACUUCUGCCAGCUGCACCUGGAUGGCGCCCUGUACGCCCGCACUACGGCCAAGUCAGCGGGUGCGGACGGGGCCCUCUUCUGGGGCGAGCUCUUCGAGCUGGCCACGCUGCCUGCAGCACGGGAGCUGCACAUCAGCGUGCUGCGGGAGGAAGAGGGGCGGCGGCGGGAGGCCAGCCCCCUGGGCACCGUGACCAUCCCACUGGGGGAGCUGGCCGCCUCGCGCCAGCCCUUGGAGAAAUGGUACCCUCUGUGUGGAGCUGCCCCCAGCCGGGCACCUUCUCUGCGGCUGCGUGGACGCUACCAGGAGAUCCAGGUGCUGCCCAUCGUGAGCUACAAGGAGUUCGCCGAGUAUAUCACCUUCCACUACCGAGAGCUGUGUGCCGGGCUGGAGCCUGCUAUUGCUGUGCGCCACAAAGAAGAACUUGCCAGCGCCCUGGUGCAUGUGCUGCAGAGCACGGGCAAAGCUAAGGCAUUUCUCAUCGACCUGGGGGUGGCGGAGCUGGACCGCUUCGACGACAGAGAGGCACUGAUCUUCCGCGAGAACCACUGGCAACCAAGGCCAUCGACGAAUACAUGA